GCCAUGCUCACUCGUCUUUGGCCAUUCACAAGCAAGCGUAUUGUCACAAUGAAAACCCAUUUGUGACGAGGGAGCCGCAAGCCCGCAGCGUCUUUCCUCAACUAUCAUUCAUCAUUGCCACCAGUGCUUCAACGCCGACAGCCUCGGAAUAGGUCUUUACUCAAUUCUAAAAACGUCUGAAGGAGCUGUCCAGUUUACACGGAUCAAGAUAAUUAGCCAUGUUGCAUCUACCAAAGCGCGCCAUUCCUGGCGCUUUUUCUGUGCGCACAUGCCUCGCCCCGGGCCUUCACAUUCAGCCAACAGCAUCCCUGUCGACAUCUUCGAGCAAGUCGGCCACUGCGCUUGAGCGUCAAGGGCAUUCGGGCCAGCCGCUCACGGCAUCUGGCAAAGUGCGAAGGGAAGUGCCUUUACCGAGUCAGGAGAAAAAGGAGGGUGCGAUGCAAUAUGUCCUAACCACUCUCGAUCAGGUGACCAACUGGGCUCGUCAGAGUUCCCUGUGGCCCAUGACAUUCGGACUUGCAUGUUGCGCUCUUGAGAUGAUGCAUUUGUCAACUCCCAGAUACGAUCAAGACCGCCUGGGAAUCAUUUUUCGAGCUUCGCCUCGUCAGUCAGAUGUCAUGAUUGUCGCCGGUACCUUGACGAACAAGAUGGCACCUGCUCUUAGGCAAGUUUACGACCAGAUGCCCGACCCGCGCUGGGUUAUUAGCAUGGGAAGUUGUGCAAAUGGUGGUGGUUAUUAUCACUACAGCUACUCAGUUGUCCGAGGCUGUGAUAGAAUUGUGCCUGUUGAUGUCUAUGUUCCAGGAUGCCCACCCACAUCUGAGGCAUUGAUGUAUGGGAUUUUUCAGCUUCAAAAGAAAAUGAGGCACACAAGAAUUACACGCAUGUGGUAUCGUCGUUAGUUUCUUUCUUAAUUCGUUAUGAGACACUGCAGCGUUUAGAUAACUGUGUACACUAUCCUGGACUAAAAUAUUUAAGAAAUACCGGUUAUGGCAGGGGCCAUCUAAUGCAUGUCCGGCCUUGAUCAUAUAUGGACAGAAACAUCUUGUUAUCAUUGUAUCCGAAAAUGUACAGUUCAGCAUAUUCCAUAAUUCUUUCUUCCC